AUGAUCCAGCAACCAGUUGGUGUGAAAGUCGCACUCUCCCAGAAGCAGGGCUUUCCCUCAAAUGUUGUUCAGGUUCUUCACACUCGACCUGGACCAAGUGGAACAACAGUAUUCCAAUCCAAACCCACACAAUUUAACGCAGUUCCUGUUCAGCCCCUCUUGGCCCCACAAUCUGUUCAAAUCAACACAAAUACUGCUGCGCAGUACGCACGAAAACCGCAGGAGAUGACACUUGUAGCCCCUAGUGGUGCAUUCAUGGCUAGUCCGAUUCCCAGUCAGGCUUUUGGACAGGUAGUGAGCAUCAGUCAGGCUAGCAUGCCUGGGAUGACUGGCUUGGCCCAAACUCUUAUCGGUGGGCCUGGCGUCGGAAUUGCGGCUCCCUCCGUACCUGGGGCCCCGCAAGCGGUGAACAGUAUGGCCAACUCCAGGAAGCCCUGUAACUGUACCAAAUCUCAUUGCCUCAAACUCUAUUGCGAGUGCUUUGCGCAGGGUCAGCUUUGUCAAAGUUGCAAUUGCAAUCAUUGUAUGAAUAAUUUGGCCUAUGAAGAAGAAAGGGGUCGCGCAAUCAAAAUGACUCUAGAGAGGAACCCAACUGCAUUUCACCCCAAAAUCGGUCGUGGUGAGGGAGAGCGUAAGCAUACCAAAGGUUGUAACUGCAAACGCAGUGGCUGCCUUAAGAACUACUGUGAGUGCUAUGAAGCAAAAAUCAGCUGUUCCGAUCUCUGCCGGUGUCUUGGAUGUCGAAAUACGGAAGACAGCAUAGAGCGCAGGUCGUUGAUGCGUCUGGCUGCGAUGGGUUCCCUUCGAUCGCGCCAACCAAAUGCAUUCAGGAAGCAUUUAAUUAAGCCUCCGGCGGAAACUAUGCCACAUGUAUUCUUCACUUGGGAAACGAUCGAAGCCGCAGCCAGCUGCCUUUUGGCUCAGGCUGAAGACGCUGAACGCAGAGAUCUACCACCAGCAUCACAGGAAAGAAUAAUACUUGAAGAAUUCGGUCGUACUCUUGACCGUGUUGUUGAGGCUACUAGCAAGGCUCAAAUCCGAACAGGUGCUUCACUCGGCCCAGCCGGUACUAGUCUCUCCGACGACCUGGCUUUGGGGUCAUCCCGCAAUGCCUUGAGUUCCACGGUUCAAUUGCCGCAUCAUCGCUCGCGCGGUCGUCAUGAUGACGAUCUGGUUGAUGAUGAAGACGACGAGUUUCACGAUGUUGGCGAUGCCAGUCGUGGUGGUGCCUAUGGGUCUGUUGAAGAUGCUGGUGGACCAUUUGGCGAUGAAGACGAUGAGGACAUUGACUUGCUUGACCGUCAAAACCGACAUUUUAGUCAGCGAAGGCGUUCCUCCAUGGUUGCUGGUAGGGAAGGUGGGUCGAUGGACCCUGGGGAACCCGGGUCGGCUAAGAUGCCUUCUGUGAAGUUCAUUUCACGAAGCGGAACCGGUCGAUCCUACAUCACCAGGAAGGAUCUCUUGUAG